GCAGAUAUUUUAAAUUUGAUCAGUUCCGAGUAUUUCUGAAAGCAUGGUAUUGCGAUUGUAUUAUGCCCCGCACAGCGGACCAUGUCGGGCAGUGAAACUUCUAGCUGCGGAGCUCCAGCUCAACGUGGAAAUCAAGCCCAUCAAUCUGAAGUCUCGGGAGCAGCUGAAAGACGACUUUCUGGCUUUGAAUCCGAUCCAUACAGUCCCGACUUUGGACGACGACGGAUUUGUGCUUUGGGACAGCCAUGCUAUCAUGCAAUAUCUGAUGAACAAGUACAGGAAAGACAGCGAAUUGUACCCCCAAGACCCCCAAAAGCGAGCUGUGAUCGACAACCGCUUGUGCUUCAAUCUGGGAACUUUGAAUGCCACCAUUCGUGCGUAUUACUACCCAGUUCUACGUCUUGGAGCGACGCAUUUCGUAGCUUCGCAAAGAGAUAAAAUUCAAGACGUUUUGGGUUGGCUGGAUGGACUCAUUGAAAAAUCCGGUGGAUGGACUGCAGGUCCUCACAAAACAUUGGCGGAUUACAGCAUCAUUGGAACCAUGUCCAAUGUUCCGAAAAUGCAUGGGCCGCAUAAGUUUGACUUGACAAAGUACAAAAACAUUACGGAGUGGAUGAACAAGUGCCAAGCAGAGAUGAAAGACUACGACGAGAUUAUGGAGACUGGCGCCCAGCUGUGGUUCGACGACUUGUUUGCCGUCAUUGCGGAAGGCAAAGAAAUCAAGACUUAUAAGAAUACAUCAACAAUCAUCAUGGGAAUCACGUUGUAUUACAUGUCUCCGAGUCCACCUAGCAGAGCAGUAGAUUUUCUCAUCAAAGAGCUGGAAUUGGACGCUGAAUUGAAGCAAGUCAAUCUGUUGGAAAAAGAUCAAUUGAAACCGGAGUUCUUGGCUCUGAACCCGACUCACACGAUUCCGACCUUGGAUGACAACGGAUUUGUUGUUUGGGACAGCGAGUGUCUCAUCUUCCCUCUUUCAAAUUUAUGUCCAGACUACACCAGGAGUUUCUUGAAUGCCAAUUUUUUUUAUGAUUGUAGUCACGCCAUUCUGCAAUAUUUGGCAUCGAAAUACGGAAAAGACAGCACUUUGUACCCGAAGGAUCCUGAGAAUCAGGCCACCGUGAACAACAGAUUGUUUUUCAAUGCGACAACUUUUUUCCCGAGAAUGCGAGAUUACGCU